AUUAUUUUGGCAUCAUUUCAGAGAAGUAGCUCUUAAGUGAGGGUAACUUAACUCUCUCUCUCUUUAAUUCACUUAAAACAAAUUUAAUUGACAAGUGGGCUCAUAUAACAUCCCAACAUAAGUCUGAAGUGACGGAGAUACCAAAGUCUUCGGGCCCAUCAAAGGUUCAAAGAAGCAAGGAAAAAACAAACCUCAAAGCGAAAAAUAAUGAACUGUUGUCCUCAAUGUGAAGCGUCAAGCAUGAACAAGCUUUUUCCCGGAGACAAAAUUGCUUCAAGUAGGCUAAACCGCUGGGUAGAUCCAUCCUUCGCUGAUUUUCCGGGGGAAAACUUUACUCUGCCUGGAAAAAGAAAAGACAGUCAGGUCCAAGGCUCCAAGGCUCACCCCAAGAGACCAAGAAAGAGGAAAGGAGAGGCUGGAAACUUAGAACCUCACACAUCAGCCCGGAGGGACCAGGAUGAGAUCUGGGUGGACAGAUACACACCCUGUUCACAGGCAGAGCUAGCUGUCCACAAGAAGAAGAUAGAAGAAGUGGAGAACUGGAUAAGAAUUCACAUAAACAAAUCAGAGGGUGGCAUUCUACUACUGACAGGACCAUCGGGCUGUGGAAAGACUGCCACAGUCCAGGUUUUGUCUGGGGAGCUCGGCCUCAGGAUCCAGGAGUGGACCAACCCCACCAGCCUGGAGCCGUACAGCAGCAGUCAGCAUGGGUGGAGGAUGAACAGCUUGUCCUGUAGCUCCCAGUUAGCACAGUUCCAGGACUUCCUACUCAGAGCCAACAAGUACAGCAGCCUGAAAAUGGUGGGUGAUAGAGAAACUACAGACAAGAAACUCAUACUGGUAGAGGAUUUCCCAAACCAGUUCUACAGGCAGCCUGGCAGUCUGCAUGAUAUCCUAAGGCGCUUUGUGAAGACCAGUCGAUGUCCUCUGGUGUUCAUAGUGUCAGACAGUCUGAGUGGAGACAACAGCUUGCGCUUCCUUUUCCCCAGAGAUAUCCAGGAUGAGUUGGACAUCACCAGCAUCAGUUUUAAUCCAGUGGCUCCAACCGCAAUGAUGAAAGUCCUGACUCGAAUUUCAACUCUGGAGGCAGGAAAGAGAUGUGGGAGAAUGCCCGUCUCAGACCAUGCAGUGUUGGAGAGGCUGUGUUCAGGAAGCUCGGGAGAUAUUCGCAGUGCUGUCAACAGCCUCCAGUUUUCCUCAUUCCCAGACAUGCCAUUGGAAAAGGGAGUGUGGAGGGCGAAGAAGGAAAGACCUCUGACUUCACCGGGCAAAGGUGUUUCAAGAGCAAACCAGAUGAAGUCCAAGCAGGCAAAGAAACAGGAAGGAGAGCAGGCUAUUGGAGGGAAAGAUGCCUCUCUGUUCCUUUUCAGAGCACUCGGGAAGAUCUUGCACUGUAAACGAGAGAAUCCCAGAUGUCCUGAAACGGCUGAAUGUAUUCCUGGACAUGGUCUCCCGCCUCACCUGUCUCAUCAUCGCAGAAAAGCGUUAAUAAUAAACCCCGAGAUGAUUGUUGAGCGUUCACACAUAUCUGGGGAGUUCUUCAACCUGUACCUUCAACAAAACUACUUGGACUUCUUCUGUGAGAUGGAAGAUGUGGGCCAGGCCAGCGAGUAUUUGUCUGAUGCUGACCUCCUCACUGCUGAUUGGACGAGUCGCAGCACCAUGGGGAAUUAUGGGUCUUCAGUGGCCACCAGGGGGCUCCUUCACUCCAACUCUCAACAAGUUUCUGUUGGCUUCAGACCACUACACAAACCUAACUGGCUGCUGGUCAAUAAGAAUCACCAGGAGAACUGCCUGGCUGCCCAGUCUCUGUUCAGGAGCUUCUGUCUGACACCAGUGAGCCUGCAGACUGAACUGCUGCCCUACCUGGCCAAACUCCCAGACACUAUGAAGAACCAAGCUCAAAUAGCUUUUAUCCAGGACGUGGGUCAGAUGUCACUAAGGAGAUUCUCCUCCAGAUUAAAACUGGAAGCCCUGACGGACAAGGAGCCUGGCCAGCUGGAUACCGACACAGAGGACGGAGAAGAAGAGGAGAGGAAAGAGAAAGUUGAGGGUGGGGUUGAGGAGGGUCUGCUGUCCCGUCAGCCCCAGUCUUCUGUAAGCCAACUUCUUUUCGAUGAUAACGAUCUCAUCAUAGAGCAUUAUACCAGUGACUGACAAACACAGCUCUGUCAUACACCCUGACAAUAUUUCACUUUUCAUUGUCAGGUUCUUGUGUGUUCUGAGAAUGACUUUGUUACUGUUGAAAAGUUGGUAUACUGUCACUUUUCCCCCUAUUUCUGAACAAGAAAAAAUCUCUAAAGCUCACCCAUAGUAUGUUGAUGACGAUCGUAUUUUUGCCUCAUAGAGAUGUCCUCUCCAUGAUAUAUCAAGAUAUGAUUAUUUCAACCGUCGUGUUACAGAACCUGAAUUGUGGUGUUUCUGUUGCCUGUCAUAUGCACAUGAUACAACAAAAUAAUGGUGAUUAUUUGUAAUCUCCCAAAAUGACCUUUAAUAAUCCAGUUCUACCAGUUGUAAUGUUCAUAUUUGUUUUAAAUGCACGUUCAGUAUUGUUUUGCUGACAGCUGAGCCUAAAUUCACCUGGAAUGGAGAACUCUCCAGGAACAAGCCAAUGGACAGAACCUAAUGGAACAUAAGAAAUGUUCCAUUAAGUGCUUUUGAGUGAUACAUUGUUUGAACUGAAUAAGCUUGUGAAUUAAAAGCACUGUGUGAAAAAGUGA